UGCGUGACUCUACUGGGUGUUGUGAGAGGAGGUUAGUCAAGCUCAGAACUCCAAACAUGGAUUUAGUCACCUAUGAUGACGUGCAUGUGAACUUCACUCAGGAAGAGUGGGCUUUGCUGGAUGCUUCUCAGAAGAGUCUCUACAAAGGUGUGAUGGUAGAGACCUAUAGGAAUCUCACAGCUAUAGGUUACAGUUGGGAAGAACAUACAAUUGAAGACCAUUUCCAAACUUCUAGAAGUCAUGGAAGGCAUGAAAGAAGUUCUUCUGCAGAGCAACACUCUGAGUUUAUUCAAUGUGGUAAAGCCUUUGCAUAUCAGAGUCAUAGUCAAAGGCAUGAAAGAAUACACAAUGGAGAGAAACACUAUGACUGUAACCAAUGUGGUAAAGACUUUGGAACAAGGAGUGUCCUCUAAAGACUUAAACGAACACAUACAGGAGAGAAACCCUAUGAAUGUAACCACUUUGGUAAAGCCUUUGCAAAAAGGAGUGACCUCCAAAUUCAUAAACGAAUACAUACAGGAGAGAAACCCUAUGAAUGUAACCAAUGUUGUAAAGCCUUUACACGAAGCAGUCAUCUCGGAAUCCAUAAGCGAACACAUACAGGAGAGAAACCCUAUGAAUGUAAGCAAUGUGGUAAAGCCUUUGCACAUAGCUGUACUCUCCAAAUCCAUAAGCGAACACAUACAGGAGAGAAACCCUAUGAAUGUAAACAAUGUGAUAAAGCUUUUGUAAAAAGGGGAGAACUCCAAAUACACAAGCGAACACAUACAGGAGAGAAACCCUAUGAAUGUAAACAAUGUGGUAAAGCCUUUGCACAUAGCAGUACUCUCCAAAUACAUAAGCGAACACACACAGGAGAGAAACCCUGUGAAUGUAAACAAUGUGGUAAAGCCUUUGCACAUAGCAGUACUCUCCAAAUACAUAAGCGAACACAUACAGGAGAGAAACCCUAAGAAUCUAAACAAUGUGGUAAAGCUUUUAAAAGAAGUGGUGACCUUCUAAUACAUAAGCGAAGACAUACAUGAGAGAAACCCUGUGAAUGUAAGCAAUGUGGUAAAGUUUUUAUAAGAAGUGUUGACCUUCAAAUACAUAAGCGAAGACAUACAGGAGAUAAACCCUAUGAAUGUAAACAAUGUGGUAAAGCUUUGCAGAAAGCAGUACUCUCCAGAUAUAUAAGCGAACACGUACAGGAGAGAGACCCUAUGAAUGUAACUAGUGUGGUUAAGCCUUUGCAGGAAGCAGUGGUCUCCAAUGUCAUAAAAGAACACAUACAGGCGAAACACCCCAUGAAUGAAACCAAGGUAGUAAACCCUUUGCAGGAAGCAGUGGUCUUGAAUAUCAUCGAAUACAUACAGCUGAAAAACCCUAUGUAUUUAACCAAUGUGGUAAAGCCUUUGCAGGAAGGAGUGACCUCCAAAGACAAAAGAUCAUACAGAAGAGAAAGUCUAUGAAGGCAUCUAAUGUUAUAAAGUCUUUGCAGCAAGCAUUGAUCUCCACGUAUAUAAAUGAACACAUACCAGAGAGGAACCUUUUAAAUGUAACCAACAUGGUAAAGCUUUUUCAAAAA